CUCAAGCUUGUCCGCCUCCGACUUUCUAUUGAUUAGUUUCAAUUCAAGACAUGAAUUUAUCGCAUCAAAUUGGGUAUUCAUAUUCAUUCUCUAUAUCCUUUGGUCCUCUCUCGAAUAAAGCACCGGCUGGUAUACCUCUCCGAUCGGCGGCAGCUCAAUAGCCUCCCGCGUUACCUACGACUAGCGCUUCAACCAGCCAUUCCCCUUGAAUCUAUCGAAACGAACACACCCUUUACUAGUCCAGUAACACGAAGCGAUUCCUGUACCAAAUACACUGCCUAUGCGACGUCUCAACAAUUCGCCUCAACUCUCCCUUGCCAGAUGACCUCGGACCUGGCACAGGCGCAAUGGGGUUGCUUGGCGGCAUCUCUUCUGGAGGGAGCAUAGCUCUUGGAAUUAUUGUUGGACUGCUAUCGACCAGUGUUCAGAGCCUAGGUCUGACCUUGCAGCGAAAGUCGCAUAUACUCGAGGACGAAAAGGGACCUCAUGAUGUCCGACGGCCACCCUACCGAAGGAGGAGGUGGCAGAUUGGCAUGGGCAUGUUUAUUGUAGCAAACUUGCUGGGAAGCAGUAUUCAGAUCUCGACACUUCCGCUCCCCGUUCUUUCGACUUUGCAGGCUGCUGGCCUCGUAUUCAACUCGAUAUGCGCAUCAUUGAUCCUCAGCGAACCUUUCACAAGAUGGUCUUUGUCCGGCACGAUUCUCGUCACAACCGGUGCUGUAUUGAUCGCUAUAUUCGGAGCCAUUCCUUCACCGGCGCAUGAUUUGAAGGAGCUAUUGGAACUCAUGGCGAGAAGGCCAUACAUUGUCUGGAUGAUACUCCAGGCGCUCUUUGUCCUCACUCUGGCGCUGGCCGUUGAUCUAAUCAACAGCAUGUCGAGCCUAUCACACGACGCCCGGUUUCGGCUGGCUCGAGGCAUUACUUACGGCGUCAUCAGUGGAGAUCUCUCUGCUCAUGCGCUGUUGUUUGCCAAGUCCUCGGUGGAGCUGGUCAUCAAGACCGUUGCUGGACGUAACCAGUUCGUACAUUGGCAAUCUUGGGCGAUUGUCCUAGCUCUCGUCACGCUGGCUCUCUGCCAGCUCUACUACUUACACCGAGGUCUCAAACUUGUUUCAACCUCGGUUCUUUACCCUUUGGUUUUCUGCGUCUACAACAUCAUUGCCAUUCUUGACGGCUUGAUAUAUUUCAACCAGACAAGCCUAAUAUCGCCUCUAAGAGCAUGUCUCAUCGCUUUAGGAACUGUCAUUCUGCUUUCGGGUGUCCUGGCACUCUCAUGGCGAUUAAGCGACGAGCAGCAUACACCCGGCGUUGGACAGUCAUCCCUUGCUCCUGGUCUUGGACUGGUGGAGGACACCGAGGAGGAAGAGUCGCUACUUGGCUCAGAUAAUGCCGUUGCAGACGAAGACUCAAUUCCACAUACAUAUCAAACAUUCCCGCCCGCGAUUGACGAAACACCACUGGUCCCCUCUCGCAAGAGGACCCCUCGGUGGGCUGAGCGAGCUGAGAUUUGGGAUGAGUUGGAGGAUCGAGAUGAGCCCAGUACUCCAGGCAAUAGGAGACGGUCUAUUACACUGCCACGCCAUACAGAGUCCUCACCUCUGCUCCCAACCAAGAGAUCUACCACCAGUGGCCCUGUUGGGGAUGAAUCUGGGCCAAGCACCGAAUCUACACCUCGACGACUUACACGACGAAGGCGGAAGAGCACAGGAUUUCCAGGUCUCAAGGCCCGUCGAUACCAGAGAAACAGGAGCUCCACAGACUCAGGCGCUCUUGGUAACAUCCUCUCAUUGAGUUGGUUCAGGAGCAGAAGCCGCCAGCCAUCACAAGCUAGCACCAGCGAUGGCUUUCCUUGGGGUACCACAUCUCAGCAGGACGGUGCUGAGACAAGGGGUGACGCAGCUGUAUGAAUACGAAAUAUCUCUCUAUGUAGCUUUCGGAGUUGUGACGAGUAAGAGAGGCGAACGAAUGGCGUUUUCUUGUGUAGAGUUUCUUCUGGGUUUCUUGAUUCGUGUCCAUGGCAAGGCUCCUGGGUUUCAAACAACCCUUCGCAUACCAAUGUCCACACACACAUAUAUACGUUUUCAG